GGUGGAGGGCGGAGGAGAUAGAUAGCACGCUUGCGCGGCUGUCAUAGGGCUGCUUGGUUGGUCAGUGGGGAGUCGGCGCCUGCGUACUAAGACCCGUGUGCAGCAGCGGCGGCGGCGGUAGAGGCGGCGGCGGCGGCGGCAGCAGGCUCUGAGGCAGCGGUUGGGCUCGCCGCGAGUGAACGGGGUCGAGUCAGUGCAUUCGCGCGAGUUGGAAUCGAAGCCUCUUAAAAUGGCAGAUGAUUUGGACUUCGAGACAGGAGAUGCAGGGGCCUCAGCCACCUUCCCGAUGCAGUGCUCAGCAUUACGUAAGAAUGGCUUUGUGGUGCUCAAAGGCCGGCCAUGUAAGAUUGUGGAGAUGUCAACCUCCAAGACUGGCAAGCACGGCCAUGCCAAGGUCCAUCUGGUUGGUAUUGACAUCUUUACUGGGAAGAAAUAUGAAGAUAUCUGCCCGUCAACUCAUAAUAUGGAUGUCCCCAACAUCAAAAGGAACGAUUUCCAGCUGAUUGGCAUCCAGGAUGGGUAUCUAUCACUGCUCCAAGACAGCGGGGAGGUGCGAGAGGACCUCCGUCUGCCUGAGGGAGAUCUUGGCAAGGAGAUUGAGCAGAAGUACGACUGUGGAGAAGAGAUACUGAUCACGGUGCUGUCUGCCAUGACAGAGGAGGCAGCUGUUGCAAUCAAGGCCAUGGCAAAAUAACUGGCUCCCAGGGUGGCUGUGGUGGCAACAGUGAUCCUCCAGCCUGCAGAGGCCCCCUCCCCCAGCCUGGCCCAGCUCUGGCCCGGCCCUUGGCUGGACUCCUCCUACACGAUUUAUUUGACAUUUUAUUUUGGUUUCCCCUACACCCUCAAUCUGUCGGGGAGCCCCUGCCCUUCACCCUGCUCCCUUGGCCAGGAGUGAGUGAACCAUGGCCUUGGUGAAGCUGCCCUCCUCUUCUCCCCUCGCACUACAGCCCUGGUGGGGGAGACCGGGUGGGUGCUGCUUGUGGUUUAGGUUUGUUUUGGAUUUUUUUUUUUUUUUUGGAUUUUUUUUUUUUUUUUUUAAUUCAAUCUGGAAUCAGAAAGCUGUGGAUUCUGGCAAAUGUUCCUUGUGCCCUUCCCCCACUCAUCCCUGGUCUGGUCCCUUAUUCCCCAAUAGCCCUUUUUCCCAAGCACCACCCCCACAGACUGGGGACCAGCCCCCUCCCCUGCCUAUGUCUCUCCCCAAAUCCCUUUAGAUGGGAAGGGAAGAGGAGGAGAGGGGAGGGGACCUGCCCCCUCCUCAGGCAUCUGGGAGGGCCCUGCCCCCAUGGGCUUCACCCUUUCCUGCGGGCUCUCUCCCCGACACAUUUGUUAAAAAUCAAACCUGAAUAAAACUACAAGUUUAAUAUGAA